GCUCCAUUACCCACCUCGAUCAACAGCCUCACGUCCUUUUCCAAUUGCAUUAGAUUUCCUUAUAGCCUGACUCGGACGGCAUAAUCCGUUGCUGUCAAAAUGGCACAAGUGAUAACCAACUCCGGUCACGAUGACAUGAUUCAUGAUGCUGGGAUGGACUACUACGGCCGCAGAUUGGCGACAUGUUCCUCUGAUAAAACAAUAAAAAUAUUCGAGUUGGAGGGCGAUUCACAUCGGCUUAUUGAGACGCUUAAAGGGCACGAAGGUGCGGUGUGGUGUGUCGCAUGGGCGCACCCUAAAUUCGGCACCAUUCUCGCAUCCUCCUCUUACGAUGGCAAGGUCCUAAUAUGGCGCGAGCAAAGCUCUGCCGCGUCAACCGGCAGCUCGUGGAGCAGAGUUUUCGACUUUUCUCUCCAUACCGCAUCUGUGAAUAUGGUCUCUUGGGCUCCACAUGAACUUGGCUGUGUACUUGCAUGUGCCUCUUCAGACGGGCACGUCAGCGUCCUAGAAUUCCGGGAUAAUAGCUGGACACAUCAAAUAUUCCAUGCCCAUGGUAUGGGUGUCAACUCCGUUAGCUGGGCGCCAGCUGCAGCCCCAGGCUCCGUCAUUAGCGCGACACCCAGUACAGGACAAAUUCGCAGAUUUGUAACUGGUGGAAGUGACAAUUUAGUAAAGAUCUGGGACUACAACCCCGAAACAAAAACCUAUGCCACGUCUCAUGUUCUCGAAGGACACACAGGCUGGGUCCGGGACGUCUCCUGGUCACCGAGCAUUCUUUCACGGUCCUACAUUGCCUCCGCUUCUCAGGAUAAGACUGUCCGAAUCUGGACAUCUGAUCCAUCAAAUCCCAACGAAUGGACAAGCCACCAACUUGAAUUUGACGCGGUGGUCUGGCGUGUCUCUUGGAGCUUAAGUGGAAAUAUUCUUGCUAUCAGUGGUGGUGAUAACAAAGUGAGCUUGUGGAAAGAGAACCUGAAAGGCCAGUGGGAGAAAGUGAAAGAUAUCGAGGAGUGAGGUGUUGAUGUAAUGACUGAAAGUAUUCUCCUUGUUUUGCAUUUUUAUAAAGCUUCAUAAUUCUUUGACAAACAAUCGGUGCGUCGAUCUCAUGGCAUACUGCAGGAUAAACUGGGAGAAGUCCAGAAGCAAACAAGCCACCUUAGCGUAACCGGUUUAGCUGCAGGUUUUCGAGAGCCCAAUGCA